GGUAAGAUGCAUUUAAUAUAUAUUUAGAGGGUUUUGGGCUGACAACCACAAUUAAGAUCAUUGCUAGGCUAAUCGCCGACAACAUACACGUAUGUAUGUAGUGAGAGUGCUAUCGCUAAACCAUAUAAACAUUAAAAGCCCUAACUCCAUUGACAAACGACAUGAAAUACAUUAGACUUGACAGUGGAUGUUCGCAAUAACAAAAGAUUUUGAAUUGAAAAUUUCGUAACUCACCUUUCCAAGCACAAGAUAGAUUCCUGCCGAAUUUUCGUGGACGAGGACCUGUUUCACCCAACCAGCAACGAAGUAUUUAUAAGCCUCCAAGCUCUUAAAGUUUUUCAAGCUUUCGUGAGAAUAGGCUGAUUUUGUGUGGACAAGAUAGUUGUACAUAUCAGGGUAGCUAGCAGAUGUCAGGCAAAUACGGCGGAGACAGCGGGUCGAAAAACAUCGAUUUAGGCAUCAAAUAUGGAUCUGGCGAAUGGAUAAACUGAAGCUUUUCCACAUAACGCCUGUUAUGCAACGCAUCAAGUGAGUUUACGGCAUCCGAAAGCACCGGGUCUUCCAUGAAAUGCAUUAUAAAUUGCUCGAUCAAUUGAGACCAUUGAUAAUACAGACACAAAAUGACGGACAAGGGGGCGGAACCAUACAGCGAUCACGUGAUUUUGUGACGUCGGUGGGUAGGGUCUAUACGUGCGCGUCAUGCGUCAUGACGUAGAGAAUGUGGGUGGCUGGAGUUGCAGUCCGAUUGCUUUGGAAAAGGCAUGCUUUGAAGAAAAUACACUAAGCCCCAAGACCUAAUGUAACCGACUGAAAGGUGUCAGAUAUUUUUGGGCAAGAAUCCGUUCUCGCUUCUGCUUCGAGUCGUUUGGGUGCACGUUGAAACGUCGAGGCCUGCUUUGUUAGCCUAGCCUAGUUUAGCAGCUAACAAAAGAGAAGCGCCUGGGAUAAACACGUCGCCGAACAAGCCAACAUCAAGUCCCAAAAUGUCAGAUAUCAGUCAAGCGCAUCAUCCUGAACGCUUGGAGUCUGCUCGCAUGGAGGUAGCUGAAGAGUCGCCAUACAUCAUAAAGCUGGAGGAAGAAUUUGUCCACAUUAAAGAGGAGCAGGAGGAGUAUUUCAUGAGAGUAGAGAACCCUCACAUUGAGGAGCAGCAGCAACCUCAUCCCCUCAAAAAGGAGGAGGAGGAUCCUCCAUAUGUUAAAGUGGAGGUGGUGAACAUCCCCAAGUGGACUAGUGAGCCGUUAAAGGAUAAAGAUGGAGGUCCGAGUGAGGCCAGCAGAGGGAAGGAGCCUCCGAAUAGCAGCAGAUCAAAAGAAGGGUACCAAGCAGACAACCUCAUCGCUCGACCAUCAGAGAGUGACGACUUCACAUCACACUCGCUGUUCUACACUCGACCUGACGUUAGCAUUAAUGCUAACAGUAGCCAGGCAGUUGACCAGACUCCGCAAUGUGCUAGUCCGUUCACCAUCGCAGCCAGAGGAAAGAUGUCGGCGCAACAAAUUGAAGAGUGUCACAGAAAAGUUACAGCAUAUUUUGUGAAAAGGCUGCAUCCCUUUUCAGAUGUGGAGUCACCAACCUUUAGGGACAUGAUGAAAGCUAUCAACCCGAAGUACACACCUCCCACCAGGGAUACCUUGGCGAAUAAAUUAAUCCCAUCGUGGUAUGAAGUCGAGAAGGCCAAUGUAAUUACAGAGCUCGGUGACGCUGUAUCUGUUGCGCUCACAUGUGAUGGCUGGAGUAGCAUUGCGCAGGACCACUACCUUACCAUCACAGCACAUUAUAUAGUGGAGGGCAAAAUGCAGCAAAAAGUGUUAAAAACAAAAGCUGUGUACAAAGCUCAGACAGGUUGUGUUGUGGCAGAGGAAAUAGGGGACAUUCAGACAAAAUCGUCGCAACCACUGUUGAUUAUGCUGCCAAUAUGGACGUGGCUAUAAAGCGGCUGCAUGUUUUGAAACUGAAGGAAUUUAGUCUUCUCAGCCCAAACCGCACGGGGAGGCCGGCAACAGAACGGAAAUGUGCUCCGCCGCUCGACGCCCCCGCGAGCCAGGCCAGGAGGAAGCGAAACUUUGCGCGUUCCUGUGUUAACCCUUUGCACACUGACUCCAUGUUUCAAAAGCUUGAAGAACACUCGCCGGAAACAGGUUGACCAUUUAUUCGUCGACAAUGGUAAAAAACAAGGCAAAAACAGACGACGGAGGGACAAUUCUGGAUCCAAAACAAGGCGACAUGUUUCCGAGCAGAAGAAAUCUGUCUUAUCUCAGUGUCCAGUCUUUUUGAAGUCUUUGCUGACGCGGGUCUUGUCGAAGGCGUUUCUGGGCGUUGCUUUUGGGCCACCCCCGCUGUGGCCGGUUUUGGGCGGCUUAGGUUCGUGCGCGGAUUGGGACGCCCACUAUCAACUUUGCUGUCCAGGCUGGUUGUACUUGUUUUAGGACAAAGCGCUUUGUCCUUGGAGUUUGCUGGGAGAGCAGAUUACCCGAGUUGGUGUGUCACUCUUGUGAUAAGACGGCAUUGUGUAUCUCUUCUAUUUCUUCUCAUUAAACUAUGGUGUGCUAUUUAUUUUAUAUUAGUAGUGUAGUCCUACCGUAAAUAUGAAAAUGAUACUAUUUCCUGAUUAAUUAUAUUACGUGUGUUAGCCUAAUGCAAACAGUUAGACGGUGCCUACGAAAACCUGUACCAUAUGUAUGUGUUAGACUAUAUAUGUGUUAGACUAAUGCAAACAGUUAUAUGGUGUGUGCGAUGACGAUAUCGUUUCUCCUUCAAAACUGUGCUGCUUUGCCCACACACUCAAUCUAGCAGCACAAAGUUUAUACUCCCUGAAUGCAGUGACUCAGUGGGUAGCCAAGAUCCGAACUGUUGUUGUCUGGAUGAAGAGGUGCUCGAUGGCCAAAGUGGUUCUCCGGAAAAAACAACAACUUCUCAGUAAGAAACAACAAGUCCACUUCAUUUAAACACUGCAUAUGUGUAUAUGUAAUUACUUAAAUUUGUGAUCAUAAUCAUGGUCAAAGAAUAUAGUAGCCUACUACAUUCUUUGACAUAUUAUUAUUAUUUUUUUUUUUUCAAAUUUCUUUUUAUUGGUGUUAAAAAAAUACAGAACACCCCUCCCAAACUAAACAAAAUAAUAAUAAUAAUAAUAAAUAAAUUAAAAAAAAAAAAAAAAAAAAAAUGUUUCACUCUAAGUUAUCCAACACAAACAACCAUGAAGUCUAUGUCUAAUCGUAAAUGUCCAGAGAGUCAUAGAAAGUUCUUCCGUGCCAUCACUUCGAUACAUAGUGGUUACGGAAUAAAAAUACAGUGCAAUACAUUCAAAUGUCCCACCAAAUAGGAGCAGCAUGGAAAGCGACCGUACCGUUGCCCAUCCCCCAUGGCUAAAUUAGCAAUAUAACAGUGCAUAUGUCAUUCCUGCACUUGUGUAGUGGUGUUGUCAAAGAAUGAAAGAAAAGGUCCCCAUGUAUUAUAAAAUUUAUUUUCAGAACCGCGAAGAAUAUAUCUGAUUUUCUCGAGCCUAAGAUUCAUCAGCACAUCCCUUAUCCAAUGCGAAGUUGUGGGUGGGGCAGCCUCCUUCCACCUCAAAAGAACUAAACGUCGCGCCAAAAGGGUGGUAAAAGCAAUAACCCUACACCCCCAAGUAGGCAGCCACAGACCCUCCGGUAAAACUCCAAAUAUUGAUAUUAUAGGAUCAGGAGUGAUUCCGACCCCUAACACGAGGGAGAGGGCUUCAAAAAUACCCUUCCAAAAUAUUUCUAAGCUGGGACAUAACCAAAACAUAUGGAUCAGUGUUGCAUCCGCCAGCUUGCACCUAUCACACAAAGGGCUGAUUUCUGGAAAGAUUCUGGACAAUCUUACCUUAGAAUAGUGUACCCGGUGUACUACCUUAAAUUGAAUCAGAACAUGACGAGCGCACAUAGAUGAAUUAUGUACCCUACCCAAAACCUUAGACCACAGUCCCUCUCCGAUUGGUGUUUGAAGAUCCCGUGCCCACAGGUCUUUGAUUCUGGAUAAGGACGGAGCUACCUUAUUAGAAAUUAGAUUAAAAAUGUGCUUAAUUCCCCCUUUCUCUGUCGGAUCUAAAGACAUAACAUCAUCUAAAACUGUUGUAGGAGGUUUAUUUGGGAAAAGCGAUAUAAUACUCUUAACGAAGCUUCUAAGUUGCAGAUAUCUAAAAUGAUGAGAGUUAGGAAUAUUAAAUCUUUGGACUAGCUGUGCGAAAGAGGCAAAAAUAUCAUCCACAAAAAGGUCAUUUAAACGUGUAAGACCCAGGCUGGACCACAAAUGAAAGGCUUUAUCGACUGUUGAGGGGACCAAAAAAUGAUUCGAUGCCACUGGGCUAAAAAGACAAGUACCAACUACACCAUUUUUUUUCCUAAAUUGAGAUAGUAUCCGAAGGGAGUGAGAUAAUACUGGGUUAUUUCCUGAUACCCCAACUUUCAAGGGCAGUGGCGCACCACACAAGGCGGCUAAUGAAUUUGGGAGACAUGCACAUGCUUCCAUCUGCACCCAAGCGGGACCGUUCUCCUUAAGAUGGUAAUAUAACCAAUAUGCCAUACAAUUUAGAUUUGCGGCCCAGUAAUACAACUGAAAAUUAGGAAGAGCCAAACCGCCGUCGCUUUUAGCCCCUUGCAGGAAUUCUUUACGUAAACGUGGCUGUUUAUUAUUCCAUAUAUAAGAAGAAAUAAUUGAAUCCAAUUUUUUAAAAUAUGAAACAGGAAUGAAAAUAGGCAAACAUUGAAACAAGUAUAAAUAUCUGGGCAAUACCGUCAUCUUGACAGCAUUAACGCGUGCUGCUAGUGAGGUAUGCAGCAGUGACCAAUUAGCCAGGUCAGUCUUAGUCCUGACCAAAAGCCUGUCAAAAUUAUGCUCACGGAGUGCCUUAUAUUGCUUGGUUACCGAUAUUCCCAAGUAAUUAAAGCUACUAGUAUUCACUUUAAAAGGCAGGCUGACAUCACCAAUUUCAAAUUUGUGAACAUCUAAAGGCAUCAAUUCACUCUUAUGGAGAUUGAGCUUGUAACCUGAGAAUCUGCCGAAUCGUUGUAGCAGGUCAAGAGCAGGUGGAAUCGAACUUUGUGAGUUAGAUAUGUAAAGGAGUAAGUCGUCAGCGUAUAAUGAAACUUUAUGUUCUAUGCCUCCUCUAUUUAUUCCUGUUAUAUAUUGGUUAGAUCUAAUAGCAACUGCAAGAGGUUCAAUGGCCAAAACAAAAAGCAGAGGGCUUAAAGGGCAACCUUGACGUGUCCCACGAUAUAAAUUAAAUGGCUCUGAAAGCUCAUUAUUAGUUAAAACCUUAGCCACAGGUCUGGAAUAUAAUAAUCUAAUCCAAGAUAUAAAUGUAGCCCCAAAUCCAAACUGUUUUAGCGUCUCGAACAUAUAGUUCCAUUCCACCCUGUCAAAAGCCUUUUCGGCAUCCAUAGCUAUAACACAUUCAGAGGCAGACUGGCUAGGAGUGUAAAUUAUGUUAAAUAACCGACGGAUAUUGAAAAAGGAACGUCUAUGUUGAACAAAGCCCGUCUGAUCAUGGGUUAUAAUAUUUGGUAAAACAGACUCCAAGCGAUGCGCAAGUACUUUAGCUAGUAUUUUGUAGUCUGUAUUUAAAAGAGAAAUAGGCCUGUAAGAUCCAAGUUUCAAUGGAUCUUUAUCUUUUUUCGCUAACAAUGUAAUGCAAGCUUGAUUUAAAGUAGGUGGAAGGUAACCUGAGGACAGGGACUCGCCAUACACAGCCGUCAGAAUGGGAGUCAACUGCCGAGCAAAUUUUAAAUAAAACGCACUGGGGAAACCAUCUAAACCAGGCGCUUUCCCAAUUUGGAGCCCGGCUAUGGCAUUCCCAACUUCUUGCUGAGUCACCGGCUUAUCCAAUUCUGAGACUAUUUCGGGAGAUAUCUGUCGAGAUUCCAAAUCCUUAAAAAAACUUAGCAUGGCCUCUGUGUCCCUGGGAGCCUCUGAAGUAUAUAAUUCACUAUAAUAAUCCUUAAAAGCUGUAUUAAUUCCCGGCUGAUCCGUAAUAAUUUUACCAUCCAAUGUGAUGCCGGUGAUAGUGAAUUUUGAUUUAACACCCUUUAGUUGCCUAGCCAAAAUUGAGCCCACUUUGUCCCCAUGUUCAUAAAAAUUACUUCUACUCCUAUUCAGCAGAUUCUCCACAAAGUAUGACGAAACACAGUCAUAUUCUGAUUUGAGACGAAGUCGCUCUUUAUACAGAGCAGGAGAUGGAGAUUGUGCAUAAGUAUUAUCAAGGUCUGCUAUUCUCCGGUCCAAGUCUAAAAGUUUUGCAUUGGUUUUUCUCCUUUUGGCAGCCAUAUAAGAAAUGGUUUGGCCCCGUAAAUAGGCCUUGAGUGCCUCCCAAAUUACUGAAAAAGAAACCUCAGGGGUGGUAUUGAUAUCUAAAAACAGCGUAAUCUGAUCAGAAAGAAAAUUUACAAAAACCUCAUCUGCUAGUAAAAGUGAGUUAAACCUCCAAUUCCUGCUGGUAGCACCUGCUUCCGGUAAAUUCAACUUCAGCACAAGGGGUGCAUGAUCUGAAAUAACUAUAGUUUGGUAUUCACAGGAGCGAACAUUGGAUAUUAGUCUAUUAUCUGUAAAGAAAUAGUCUAUUCUGCUGUAUGUAUGAUGUACAUGUGAAAAAAAAGAAUAUUCCCUAUCUUUUGGAUGUAAAAAACGCCAUAUAUCAGAAAUGCCAAGUUCUAAAAAACAAGAUUGAAGGUAAGAAGCUGAUUUGGAUGCAACCCUGCCAGGCCUAUGUGACGACCUAUCGAGCAAAGGAUCCAAACAAAGGUUAAAGUCUCCACCCAUUAUAAGUAAAUGGGAGUUGACAUCAGGGAGCAAUUGAAUAAGUCGUACGAAAAACUGGGCGUCAUCCAGAUUUGGAGCAUAGACACUAGCUAAAAUUACCUUUAAAUUAUAAAGGCUACCCUGUACUAUAAUGUAUCGGCCAUUUGGGUCCGCUAUGACUCCAGUGGGAGUAAAAAAUAUAUUUUUAUUUAUCAAUAUGGCUGCCCCUCUUGCUUUAGCUUGAAAGGUCGAAUGGAAGAGCUGCCCCACCCACUCACCUCUCAGACGGGAAUGAUCUGACCUUCGAAGAUGGGUUUCUUGAAGAAAGGCGACUGCAGUCCUCAUUCGUUUUAGGUGGACCAAUACUUUCUUUCUCUUAACCGGGUGGUUAAGGCCUUUAACGUUCCAGCUUACCAGAUCAAGGUCGCUGUUCAUGACGCUCCUCUGUGUAAUGUUAUAUAGACAGUAGUCAGCAUUAAACCCAAAAAAUAUAGUAACAGUUUGACAGCAUUAAUGACAAAGUGACAGCAAAUGACAAUAUUGCUGUGAGUGAAACCCCAACCCCUUAACCCUCCUCGAACCCCUAAGGCGAAACUAGCUGUCAGAGUAAACAGCACACCUUCCCUAACUAACUCUAAAACUUCCAGAUAGAGCUUAACUCUAAUCCCUCACCCGCUAAAGUAAUAGCAUAAUGAUCCCCAUGACUGUGAAAACCCCAUAUUGAAAACUUUAUACUUUAUAACAAAAGACCCCAAGUAUGGGGGGGACAAAACAAACCCGAGUUUGCACCGAAACUAGCAGGUCCAUCAACCUGCCCAAAAAAUAAAAUAUAAAUAAAAUAUCACUAUUACUUCAGUAUGAGCAGGUCCUUCAUAUAAUUAACUGAAUAAAUAAAUGCCAACGCUAGCAACAAUCAGAAUCGAUAUGCCACGUGUCUUCAGAAGGGAAAAAAGAAACAAACAAACAAACAAAACAACAGCACGUGGUAAUAAUGAAAAACAAAACAACAAAAACAACGUUGUGCAAUUUAAACAUGUAGCUAGCAAACUGGCAGCAAUAAGCAAUGGUCAUAAACCAAAACUGUCACUAACAUACAUGAACAAAACUGAAUAGAGUCAAUGUGCAGCACCAUCAAGCUUUUGGAUGUAAUUAUUCGCUUCAUCAACCGACCCGAACCAAACGCGGGUGCCGUCAGCCUGAACGAUCCGAAGCCGAGCAGGGAAGAGCAGCGAGGGCCGAAGACCCUUCUCAUAUAGCGCAGCCAUCACCGCGCCGUAGGGUUUCCUUUGGCUCACCACCUCCGGAGUAUAAUCCUCAUACACUCUGAAAGCGUGCCCCUGGUACUCGAGCGAGCGUCUCUUCCGUGCCUCCCGGACCAGCAGCUCCUUAUUCUGGUAGCGAUGAAAACAAACCAGGACGGGCCUUGGCUUCCCGUUAGCUGGUUUGGAGGUUGGAUUACGAUGGGCUCGAUCCAACUCCGGAGCUGUUGGGAAAAUUCCGCCCCCCAGCAGAUCCUUCAAAAGUUUGGAAAAGAAUUUCGUCGGCUGCGGGCCUUCGAUACCUUCAGGUAAACCCACAAGGCGAACAUUGCAGCGACGAUUUCUUCCCUCGAUGUCAUUUAGUUUAGCCGAUAGCCGCUUGUUAUCGAGCCGAAGUGCGUCACAUGUUGUCUCAACACGUUCCAAUCGUUGGUGAAGGGACUCCGCAUUCUCCUCUAAGGAGACCAACCUGUUGUCGUGAUCACUAACAGUUUGUUGGAGCCCGUCAAGCUUCUCACUGAGUUCGGCAAAUGAAGACUUUAAGUCCUCUAAGAGAGUCGACCGGUGUUCGGCUAAUAUGGCUACUAGCAUCGACUCGCUAACCGGCGUGGUAUCUGCGUCGGGCUUUCCGACCAAUUUAGUCUGCUUUGGCGGCAUCGUUCCACUCCAAGCAACAAAACAGCAGGGCACAAGUCAAAAAUUAAGUUUUAGCAAUCAUCAGGCAGGUGGGGAAUAAAGUUCGAUGUAUUUGCGGGAGAGCGAGGCAAACACGUCUCUACUCCAUGCCUGCCCGGAAGUCCACAUAUUAUUUUAAUUGUUAAUGUUUGUUUUCUUGUAUGGAAA